AUGAUAACUUUUUCCCCAUUAUAUUCUUGUGGAAAAGUGACAAAUAGCAACUUUGACCCUCUCUCUCUUAAUUAUUCAUUCAAUGUUGUUUUUACGAAAGACUUAAAGGAAAAGAAUAGAUGUAUUGUACAUUUUCUAAUUUUGAAUGGUUAUGAAGAAAUAGCAGAAACACUUAUUUUACACGGUGCAGAUCUUAAUGCCAAAAGCGCUAAUGCAUUAACUGCAAUCCAUUUAGCAACAGAGAGAAACCUCAAAAACAUAUUGGAAUUGCUUAUUUCACAUGGUGCCAAUGUUAAUGAAAAGGGUAAUCUUGGAUUGACUGCCCUUCAUAUUGCAUCUCAGAAAAACCAUAAAGUAUCAGCAGAAUUUCUUAUUUCACAUGGAGCAAACGUCAAUGAAAAAAUUAUUGACGGAACAACAACUCUUCAAAUUGCUACACAUUAUAAUAGCGUAGAUACAGCAAAAAUUCUUAUUUUACAUGGUGCAAAUGUCAAUGAAAAAGAUAAAGAUGGCAAGACUGCUCUUCAUCAUUUUACACAGAAAAACAGCAAGGAAACAAUCGAAUCUCUUAUUUCACAUGGUGCAAAUGUUAAUGGACAAGAUAAUGAUGGUAGAACUGCUCUUGAAUAUGCAAUCGAAAAUAUUUGCCAAGAUGCAUUGGAAAUUCUUAUCUCUCAUGUUAUGGAUAUUGAAGCUGAAUAA